CCCUCUAAACCCAGUGAUAAGACAAAAGAGCUUGUCUUUUUACUUUCUACUGUAGUAUCUAAUGUGGGGGACAAAAAUACUUGUGUGUCCUCUUCACCCACAACUAAUGAAUUGUCCUUGAUUUCUUCUUAAGGGAACACAAUUUUUUUUGCUCCCCCCCUACCCACACAGUCAUUUCCCUAUCUCCCUUCCCACCUCAUAUUAUUUCUCAUAGUUAGUUUACCCUAUGAUCAAUGGUUUUUCAUUAUCCUGAUGUCCAUGUCAGAAAUAUGGGUGGCUUAGGAAGCCCUAAUUUAGUGCCCUUCUGCUCAAGAACUUGAUUGUUUGUUUUCUGAUGUAAAUGGAGUUAUCAGGUAUGGUGAUUUAGACUGUAUACCGACAUCGGUCUGCAGUGGGGUCGUAAACAUAGCAAGUUGUGUGGAUAAAGGUUUAUUGAGUGGAUAUCAUUGUAGUUUGUAGGAAGAGGAAAGGGGUAAUGGAGUGGGACUCUAAAUCAUGUGCUUGGAAUGGUGUGAGUAAGGUGGAGUUUCAAGAUAAUGGUUACCAUCAUCAUCUGGCUACGUUAGCAGGUUCGAGUGGCACCGGAAUUAAUAACAUGUUUUCAGUGGAUCUGAAGCUGGGAAGAUUGGGAGAUAUGGGAGAUGUAUCUAUGGAUACCUUAAAGAAUUCAAUGCCUUUAAAUAUGGCUUCUUCGUCUUCUCCUUCACCGGUUUUGGCGCUUUCAAAGAGGGGAAGGCCAGGCAACAGCGGCGCCCAAAGUACUGUUAUUUGCUCGGUUGAUGGGUGUGCUUCUGACCUUAAUCAAUGCAGGGAAUAUCAUCGCCGCCAUAAGGUAUGUGAGAGGCACUCUAAGACGCCUGUUGUUCUUGUUGGUGGGAAGGAGCAACGGUUUUGCCAGCAGUGUAGCAGGUUUCAUUCCCUGGAAAAGUUUGAUGAGGUAAAGAGAAGCUGCAGAAAACGCUUGGAUGGACAUAAUCGCCGUAGGAGGAAAAGACAGCCUGAAACUUUUAACAUGCCUGAUUCUGCUGGUGGCGUUUUGUCAUCUCAAACAGCAGAUGGAAUGCUGCAGUAUUCCUGCCCCCAAAUGCAUACUGUAAAUUGGCCUACAAUGUCUCAGCCUGAUUUGUACUUCCAAAAUAAUCAAGAAACAAUAUAUCAGCCACUUCUGAAUGACGUUGCUCCAACCGGAAGUAGGAGAGGCGGCCUAAGGGUUUCACCUGAUAACUCAGGAUGUGCUCUCUCUCUUCUGUCAAGGUAUUCAUCCCAAUCGUCAGAUAUCCGUGUGGGACCUGUUAUGCAACCAACGGUUAUGAGUUCAGCAACAGCUCAAGGUAGCAGUACUUCUUUGCAUCUAAAUAACAGCUAUCAACUUCCUUGCUCUCAGGGUUUGGACGAUAUUGAGAGUUCAGCUUCACUCUCUAGCAGUUCUAAUACUAAUGCUCCAAACAUUGGAGGUUUCCACACAGGCCAUGCAGGGUUUCGCGAAAACACUAGGAUUUUCCCAUUUGGUUGGGAGUAGUUAAGUCUAUAAAUACUCACUAUUCUAUAAUCAUGAAUGUUUUCUAUGAUUAUUUAUAUCAAGAUCCUGUGCUAUAAGAGGAUAUGAACUAACUUCAUCUUCUCGAUUUCACUUGAUUCUUUAUGAGAGAGCUUGUCUCAUGUCUGGUAAUCUUUCUCUACUGUGGCUUUAGUCCUUAGACAUGUUGGAAACAAAGUUUUAUGAUUAUUUGCAUUAAUGUAUCAUCAGGUUAGUUUGUCCUUAGCUAUAGUUUCUGCCGGGAAAGCUAAUAAAAGUAUUUCUUGCCCUUAUUUUAGUAUGUUACUCGCUUGUUGGAUCCUCAACACUCCGACAUAGGUAUAGACUAGGCCAUGUCACUUCCUAUUGGAUCAAAUAAAGGAAAUUUUUCACAAAUUACCGAGCAUGACACUUGGACACAUACAUUGAGAGUCUGACACAAGCACCUUGAGUCAAGUAAUACAGACAUUCAGAUAGCUGAGCCUUUUUGGUUUGAAUAUCAGAAAAAAUCUCACAGCAAUAACAAUGUUUAUGGUAGUAAUAAGAGUAGAUUCUAAGAGGAGCAUGUAUAAAAUCGGAUCAGAAUACUGCAGCACAGAUUAUACAGAUUCUGAAGAAAUUGGCAGAAGAUCAUUUUAGAGAUAUGAUCAAUAUUUUCAUAUAUCUUUAUCAGCAUCGAAACAGUGCUCUGCCCUCGCUCCUCAAUUGCCAUGAAAGAACGAAGAGGAUGCUCAAUUAUUAAAGAGAUGAAAAGAGAAAAAAGAAUACUGAAGAGCCACAGACUGUGGCAUCUUUAGAGGAUCAAACACUGAUACCAUUAUAAAGAUGCCUGUAAGUGGUCCAUAGUAUGUGAAAGGACUUUACUUGCUCUGAAUCUCAAGUUUUAAUGUUUUCAGAAAGCAAA